AAAGAAAGAACACUCGCCCUGGAACGCUGAUUGCUGGGAAUUGUAGUCUUUGGAGAGUCACCUGACUCUUUUCAGGCUCGGGCCUGGCAGUCAUCUCCUAGGCAACCGAAUGUAAACAAGAUGGCGACGCCGGCCUGAAGCCUCAAGAUGGGCAGGAAAAGGGCAGCACCAUUCAAAGAGAGUAUCCAGAAUGAGGAUGAAGUUGCUAUGAUGGAUGAAAUCCUGGGGCCUGGAGCUCAAAUUCCAAUCAGUGUGCCUUCCUGCUCAAAUGGAACUACGGCAAAACCAGCAACACAUGGAUCUGCUCCCACCGACAUGGAGCUGAUGACCUCCAUGAUGCAGAAGAUUGCUUCCUUGGAACAAGAUGUCAAGAGUCAAGCGCGCGCAAUCCUUCACAAGGAUAAGAAGAUCAAGGAGCUUGAGGAGCAGAUAAAAAUCCUUAAGAAAGGAAAAGAGGAAUCUUCAUGGGUCAGCAGAGCUGAGGAACUGGAAGUGAUAUGCCUUAAAUUGCAGCAUCAGGUCUGGGAAAUGGAGCGGUUUCUGGAUGAUUAUGGAUUGAUCUGGGUUGGAGAAGGGACAGACAGUCUGGGAGAGGUGGAUUCACUGAGUGAAGAAGGGAGUCAGCUGUCAAGGCGUUUCUGGAAACCAGGUGACUCCAUCAUUUCACAAACAAUAAAUUUUGAUGUAAUUUUUGAAAGGCUGAAAGAUUUAAAUGCUUUGGCUGGGGAAGGCAUGUCCCACAUCGAGCACAUAGCAGGGGGUGCUAGGCUGAAGCAGCUGGACUCAAUCCCCCUCACCUUCUAUCACAAUGGGUUUGUCAUGUUCAAUGGACCUUUCCGAUCAUAUGAAGAGCCUUCCACGCAGCAACUCUUGCGAGAUAUCAUGGAUGGCUACUUCCCUUCUGAGCUGCAGAGGCGCUACCCAGAUGGUGUCCCCUUUCAGGUCACCGACAAGAGAGAUGUCUUCUUUCAGGAGAGACAGCUACCCAAGAGUUUUCCUGGCCAGGGCCAAGUCAUUGGCCAUGCACAGUCAAGUGGAGUGAAGGAGACAAAUGAGAUCCCAGGUCCUAAGCUCACCGUGGAGCAGUUUUUGAACAAGCUUCCAAAGUCACUGAUCCGAGAUGGGCAAGUGAUCGAUAUCCGAGGAGAAAUUAAAAAAACCCUGCAGGGUUCAGGUGGGAAAAGCCAUGAGGUGGUUCUGGUGGAGACACCCAGCAUUACAGUGAUGAAGAAGAGGUUGGAAGGGGACAGAAAAAAGGCAUCUGACCCCAAUGUCUCAACUCUUCGGAUUAAGUCAGAGAAUGGGGAGAAGACGUAUAUAAUCAAAAUGCCAUUCACAGAGACCAUUGGAGACCUGCGCAAGCACCUUGCCCGGAGCAGGGGAGAAGUGGAACCUUAUGAGAUCAUCAGCACUUUUCCCUAUCGGGUGUAUAACAAUAACUCCAUGACGCUGGAGGAAUGUGGACUGGUCCCUAAUGCCUCUCUUCGGCUGCAGAAAAAGGCCUCUUCGACAAAAUCACAAGGGCAACAAGUGUAAAGGUUUACAGUGGAUGAUUCAUCAGGCUUGGCUGCCACUCAGCUAAGAAGUAGUGUGCCUUCUUCUCUUUCCUCAAGAUAGCCUAUGCUGUGAACAGUAGAUCCCCUAUGGUCAGACAGAGGAAGACUGACUGGCUUUUCUACAUACACAGCUCCAACCCGCCUUUGCAGCAAUUUUCAUCACCCUAGGCAAAGGAAGAAAGUGCAGUUGAUGUGCUGAGUGUAGAGCCUCCCUUUGUUACCUAGGCAGAGUAGGUAAAGUUUAGCUCCAGGUGUAGUUUAUCAUAGCCCAAAACAGAUGGAGAGAAGCUGGCCCUUGUAAAACUCUCUUUAGCAAUACUAGAUCAUCACUCCAAUGAAAGAGCGCACAGCUGGAGUACUGCCAGUAAAAUGUGGUUUCCCCAGAACUGGUGAUGCAGAGGCUUAGGAAAUGAGGGCCUGCACAAUGUGCAAGUACCAGAUCAUUGUUCGCUAUGUGCUUGAUACCCCCACCCUGGUUUCUGUUGCCUAGAAGGACCUCCAAAAAUGGGAUUUACCAAAUUCUUGGUGGGGUUAUGUGCACCUGCGACACAAGCCUGUUAAUCCAUCUAAUAGAGAAGGUAACUGAACUUCUUUGCUUUUCCUGAAGCAUAAGAAGACUCCGUGUCCAACCUCCCAACUGUUCUUUCUGGUAGAGAGGUGGCCACAAGGACAACUCAAGCGUGCAUAAGCUCUUCUUUGUCUUUGCAAGACUAAAGAAUGGACUCAGCACCAGCCAAUCUAUCUACUUUGUGCAGUGCCUCACUGCUUAGCCACAAGUGUCUCCACCACAUGGAUGCAAUGCUAGAGCAUCCCAUCCCAUUUCUCUUUGGUAGGUGUGGGGAACCUUUGAACUGUCAGAUGCUGCUGAACUACAAUUCCCAUCAGCCUCAGCAAGGUAACCUAGAGCCCAAGGAUAAUGAGAGUUGUUGUUCAGCAACAUCUGGAGGGCCAAAAGUGCCUGGCUUGGGCCAAAUGUGGAUCGCGUUCAGUUAAAAACUAGCCUACCAGUUCAUGGGACCAAUGCUCUUUGCCAGGCUUCUUUUAGGACCACAGCUCAUUUCUCUUUCUCAUGGCUACUUUAUUGCAAACUUGGCUCUCUUAAAGGAGAUCUAUCUGGUUCAGUUAGAUGGUCCUUGCAAUUAUCUCUGUGUUUGGCCAAAGUUUGCAGCACAAAGUGGAGAGUUUUUCCCCUGGAUCUUUGUAGUGGUUUAAGAAAAGGGGGCAGGCCAAAGUUCCUUGACAUCCAUGCUUCAGGUUUUGACCUACUUCCUUCUUAGGUGGACUUGCAUAUUUGAAUGCUCACUCCAUGUCAAAAGUGCACUUCAUGCUGAUAGCUAUCUGGCCAGGGAGAAGGGUUUUUAAAAAUAAUAAACCAUCAUUCUAACAACAGGCCUAGAGUUGUGUCCUGAACUGGCUUAGCCUUUCCCAAUAAGCUAUCUUUCCAUGUGCAGGGACUUUUUGACAUGCAGAAAAGACUCAAACAUAUGCAAUCCUUCUUCUUCCCCACUCCUUCCUAAUUGCACAGAAAUUUGAAGUUGUACUGUUCUGUGGAGGUUACACCAGAUGCUUCUUCUGAACUUUUAAAUUGGUUCUUAGUGCUUACUAAUCCAUGCCUGCCUCAUCUACUUACUUCUCACUGGUCGCAUGCCACAAGGAAAGAUGUUCAGGUGAUGGGUACAUCCUUGCAACAGGAGCACCCAUGUGGCUGGACUGUGGAGCUCCUGUUACUGCAAUAUCCAGCCACAUCUGAGCUCUAAUGUGGCACAGAACAUCUAGCCACUAAAAUUACCCAUGUCCAGACGUUCACAAAUGGCCAAAACUGGUGCUCACCAUCAACCCUGCUUCUUCUGAUUUGAGCCCUUAUCCCAAGUCUCCAAAGCCUAGCAUAAAUACAGGCUUGAGUCCCCAUCCUCCUCCUUGGUGCCAAACUGGGGGCUUGCUUCUUGCCACACCAAGCCACAGAAAGCAGCAAGAUGUCCCGUUCCCUCCUGUAUAUACUAACAGCAAACUAAUUCUAAGUAUUGGUUCUUAAUGUGGCCACACUUCCACCAUCCAUACCCAAUAGGGGAGGCAGCAGCAGGCUUGGAUUAACUCCAAUGUUUACAAAAGUACAGAAUUUGUUUUUAGGAAAAAAAUCAGACGGGAGGAACACACUCCCCUGUCCCCCAAACCUAGCCCAAUGACUACUGAGCAUGGAAUGCUGAAUGACUGAUGGGGGAAAAACCAAGCAAAGAGAAAGCCAGGGGGAAUGGGAAUGUAACAGCAUAUCCUGGAAGAGAACAUGGCUGCCCCACCUUGAACACAAGCUCACUCAUACUGCAACAUUUUGUUGCUGUUCCAACUGGAAACUUAAAAUUAAUAUCCUUCUCCUUUGUUCACAGCUGACAUUUUAUACCAACUUACUGCCUUCCUCUUUGGAAAGCAAGGGAAAAUCCACUGGCAGGUUCUUAAAGGAAAAAGUGCACAAUGAGUUAAGGGCCUCUCCUGGUGAUUGCUAUCAAAUGUUUAUCUACUCACCCCUUUUGCAUGGUAUCAUUUUUGCCACAGAUAACCCCACACAGUGAACGAAUUAAUCUCACCAAUGAAGUGACAAAUAGCAACCAAGCCUCCUUCCCAGAGACAAUUAUGUCCAUGUAACUCUAGGAAAAAAUCCAGUCAUGCCUCAGUCCUUCACACAGCUAUAGCAAAAAAAUCCUGGGUUUAGUGCUCAUGUCUUCCCAGCUUACACUUUUACAACACAGCCACUUCAGUUAUUCGGGAAGGCUGUG